UUUCUUUUUUUCCACUUAAACAACAACAAACAACAACAACACUUUGUAUCCCGCAGCUCUACGGCCCUUGAACAGGUUGCCGGUCGCCGGCAUAUAUAAGCUGCCUUCUCCCACCUUUCUGUUUCAAUUUUUCCUCUCAAUCUCUAAUUAAAUAUCUGUUUGUUGUUGUUCUUCACGAAGCUUCUACAAACUCUUUUUUAAAUUUCCUCAAAACACAUACAAAUACAUACAAUGUCUGGUGGCAAAGGUGGCAAAGCCGGUGGUUCUGAAAAGGCCUCUUCUUCCCGUUCUUCCAAGGCCGGUUUGACUUUCCCAGUCGGUAGAGUCCACAGACUCUUGAGAAAGGGUAACUACGCUCAGAGAGUUGGUUCUGGUGCUCCAGUAUACUUGACCGCUGUCUUGGAGUACUUGGCUGCCGAAAUCUUGGAAUUGGCUGGUAACGCUGCCCGUGACAACAAGAAGUCCAGAAUUAUCCCAAGACACUUGCAGUUGGCCAUCAGAAACGAUGAGGAAUUGAACAAGUUGUUGGGUCACGUCACCAUCGCCCAGGGUGGUGUCUUGCCAAACAUUCACCAGAACUUGUUGCCAAAGAAGUCCGGUAAGGCUGCCGCCAAGGCUUCCCAAGAAUUGUAAGUGCUUCCCGCCUUACGCUCUUUACUUCUCAACUGAUCCGGCCAUGCCGCGUCUUCUGUACAUUAUUACUUUUCCGGGUUCUGUUCUAAUAAGAUGGUCUUAUUAACCUUUUUACUUUUAUAUUCUGAAAUAUAUCUGUUUUU